AGGAAAAUCGUUUAGUGCGGUGAACGUUUGAAUUUGGAAGUUAACACGUGUUUGUGCGUAGAUUUUGAAGUUUAUUUUUUUAUUGUUAUACAUACGUACAUAUAAAUAUUUAUUGUUUGAUGUGUGGUUUGAGCGUUAACUAAAAUGCCACGCUCUGCGAAAGAUUCAGAUGAGGAGCAAGACGUGAAAGGUGGUCGCAAGGCUCGUGGUCUCGCCGGGUCGGUGUCUGUUGACUCCCCGUUGCGUCGUAGUUCUCGAGUUAAAACAGCUGUUAAGCAUUUUGAAUCUUCACCGGAAUCGCCAGUAAGCGAUGCCAAUAACGUCAGUAAUACGCAAAUAACGAGAAUUACUAGGCGAAGAACGAGCACCAUGGAUAAUACAAUGGCAACCGAGAAGAGCAGAACCUUGCGUUCCAGGAAAAAUUCUGCAACGUCAGAUGUGAGCGAAACUGCAGAAGCAGACGUUACGGUCACACCGACUAAAAAGACUAGAAGUAUCGCUGCGAACGAAAUGUUUAACAAGUCUAACAGUCGUUCCAGUAAGAGAUUAGUAAGAGCUGGUUCGGAAUCAAAGUCACCGACGACGUUAACACCGGUGAGAAAUACACGUAGAACGAGAGCCAGUUCUAUGGAACCAGAUAUUGUUUUAGAAACGAAGAAAGCUGAAUUGCAUACGCCCAUUAAAACAAAAAGAAGAACAUCCAUAGCACCGUCGGAAGCAACUGUUGCGGAGGAAAACGAAGAAACUGUAAGAAAAUCGACGGAGACGGUCGAGCGUACAUUACCUAACGUGAAGGAACUUAACGAAACACCCGUUAUAAAUAGUAGCUCGAAACAGAUAAAUAAAUUAUUAGUACUUUCGAUAGAAAAGAUGGAUACGAAACGUGAAAACAUAGUUGAGAAUACAACAGAAAAAGAUGCACCUGUUGAGGAGGCACAGAACAUCUCUGCAAAGAAUCUUUUAUCGGAUACCUCUGAAGAUGCUGAAACGGAUGUAUUUGUUGAUGAUAAAAAAGAAACAACAAACGAUGAUAAAACCGUUUCGAAACAAGGUGAAAACGAUUCUACGGAUAGCGUAGAAAAAGAGGAUUCGUUGGUUAACGUGUCCGAGGUGCACUCGCAAAGCACCAACCCUGACGCGUCUAAGGAAUUAGGGUUGAAAGUCGAAAAUUUAUUGAGUAAUUCGUUGAAAGAACAGGACGAAGAUCUUAGCAAUAAAGAAAAUCAAGCAGCGAACAUUAUUAAUGAAUCGCUGAAUAAAGACGAUAUAAUUUCCAACGUGUUAUUGCAAAGUCCAAAACCGUUGUCCGCGAGUAACAUAAACGCCAAUAAGAUAAUCAAAGAGAAAUGCAAGUCUCCUAGUAUCGAUUCUACAACGCAUCGCCAUUCAAAGGAAUCGUCAGAAGCAACGAUCGAUACAGUCGUUCCUGCGAAAGAAAUUACCGAUAAUAGUAAUGCAGCCAACACUUUAACAGACACGAAUGAGUCGAUUAUAGUAAUAAAAGAAGAGGACGCAGACAGUAACGAUAAUAUGCCAAAAUUGGCACUAAAUACCGACACCGAAUCAUUAAGCAUGGUUGCUCCCGAUGAACCUGUAACCAAACAGCUUGCGGUCGUAGAAGUCUGCGAUGAUUCAAGCUUCGAUGAUAGCAUUCAGAUUCUAGAGUGCGUUGAAAGUGACAAACCGGGCGAUGAGCCUACUGAAGCAGUGAGUAAAUCUAAAGAUCCAACAAAAGAAGAUAACGAAUCUCAUGAGGACACUAACGUCAAGAUGGAUGUUUCAAGUUCAUGCAUAGAAGAAACUUCAAAAACGAACACGAACACGGAAUCUACAGAAGACAGUGCAAGUCCAGUUAAAGCUACAGAUGAUAAAAGUGAAACGAUAAAAGAAACUGAUAAGUCAGUUAAAUCAAUCGUUUCAGAAGACAAAUGUAAGAUGGACACUGAAAAAAGUAGUCAAGAUGUAGAACAUGUAACAAAAGAUUCAGAAGAUGCAGAAACUGUGGAUGCAGCUAAGGAUACGGAAAAAGCAAAAAGUGCAGACAAUGUUAUGGAGACGGAGGAACUACAUUCUACAGAGACUGUUUCACAUUCUGACCCAAGCAAUGCGACACUGUCAGCAUCGUUAGACUCGAAUAUAGUUGAAAAUACUCAGUCUUUAGUCGAUUCGAAGGAUGAGAGUGCUACAAACAAUUUGGAGAAUAUGGAAGAAGCAAAAGAAUCGAAAGAAUCUUCAGAGUCUCAUACAAGUCCAGAAGAUUCUGUGCCUGCCAAUAAAGAUAAAGAUAAUGUAACGAAUGUGGUUAAAAGUAGUCAAUCUUCCACUGUUACAGAGACACCGGCUGAGUCUAGCGAAGAAGUGGCUGAGAAAGAAGAACUAUCACAGAAAACUUCUGCAUUGGAUGAUUCUGCAACUCCUAAAAAGCAGCCCGAACCUAAAUCAGAGUCAAGUAACGAGCAAAAGAAGACUGAAGUGAAUCUAGAGACGUCUAAGAAGAAUCCAGAGAGUAUGGAAGUCGACGAUAAUGAUUCAGAUACAAAUACGAUAAAUUUAUUUCAAGACGUUAUAGCCGACGAAUGGAAGGAAAAGAGCGACGACGUUGAUAAGAGUUCGGUGCAUUCGAUGUCCACAGAAAGGCUGGACAACGAGAGCGAAACGGAAUGUGAUCUUAUUUUAGUUGACAGAGAAGCGUGGUUAGCUGCUGAGAACAUAAAAAUGGAAAAGGAGAAAGAAGUGUUCGAUUACGAUUCCGAUGAUACUGUGUUAUUAAAAGCGCGGAAAGAUUCCUCAAAAACUGAGCAAGAUGAGAAAACGACGAAUGUGUCGAAAGACGGGGGUAAAAAAAUGAAUCUCAGAAGAAGCAAAACCUCAAACACAGAUAGUACGCGUAAAUCUGUGCAGCAAGAGGAAAUUGAAGAUACAGAACAUGUAUCAGAUAGCGCGAACAAGAAAAAAUCUGUGACAAAAGAAACUAAGGAAAGUACUUCGACACGAAAGUCGAUCGAAGGGAGAAAUAUAUCCGAGCCACAGGAAAUUGAAGAAAUGGAGGAAGAUUUAAAUAAGUCGCAUUCUGAUUCGCCGUUAAACAAGAGUAAGUCGGCUGGGGAUAUUUCAAAAAAACGAAAAUCACUGAAUAGAUCGAAUCAAAAAGUGGACAAUGACCGUGAAAAAUCUAGCGAGACCGGAAGUGCGAAAAAGAAGAAAUCGUUGAACAAGUCCAAGCCCAUGGUAAGUGAAAUAAUAGACAGUGAUUCGAAAAGCGAAGAUAUAUGUACGACUGUUAAGAGUAAGGGUGAGAAAGGGCAGUCUUCGAAGAAGAAAAUAAAGCCAAGGCAGAUAGACGUGAACGUGUCGGAGGAAUCUGACGAUAAUUCUAAACAAUCGGAGAUUACUUCCAAGAAGAUCAGUGCUGCGAAGAAAAAGACUAAUGAAAAAUUGUCGCAAUCCGACCGUGAUGAUUCCGAAUCCGAAUCCGAUAAAAAUAAUUCCGAUUCAGACGACUCUCAAAACGAAGGCGUAAGAUUACCUAAAUUCCUGUUUGAUGGUGGAAGCGGUAGCGAUGAUGAUAAUGAAUCCAAUCGAAGUAUAGACUCUGAUAUCGAAAGAGAAUACAACCUUAACGGUGAAGACAUCUGUAAGUUUUCUGAUGACGAUGUACCUGGAGAUGAGUGCAGAGCAUCAGAAACUGAAUCGUCAGACCCAGACGAUGAUGGAUCAGAUCUCAUAGAUUUUGUAGUUGACGACGAUGAAGUUGAGGAUGACGAAGAAGAAGAGGAAGGAGAAGGAGAGGCUGGAGGUGAUGAAAACGAAGAAGAAAUGGAUAACGAGGAAGAAGACGAAGAAGUACCGGAAGACAAUGAAAAGAUGCAGGUGGAGCAAGAAACAGAUGAAGUUGAAGAAGCAGUAACCGAAGAAGAAGAUCAAAGUAAAAAUAAGCAAGAAAUCGUUGACGAAAAGGAAAAGAAACAGAAAGUAUUAAAAGGUUUUGCUUCGGAAGGUGAGGAAGCUUUGAUUGAAAAUACGCCCAAGAAGAAACAGAAGUUAUUGAGAGAUGUUAACUUAGAGGAUAAAAAAGUAUUACUUGAAAAAUUACCCAAGAAAAAGAAGGUAUUAGGUGAUGUUGUGUCGCAAGAUGUACAAAUUUCAUCUGAGAAAGUGUCGAAGAAAAAGCAGAAGUUAUCAAAAGACGCACAAAGUGAGGAGGCCUCGCUUGAGAAACUGCCUAAGAAGAAGCAAAAAUUGCACCGAUAUAUUGAUGCGAUGUUAGAUUUAGACGAAGAGUCGGAGAUAGUUGCAUUUUCUAAAGCUAAAACUAAGAAGGAAUUGAAAACGAGGUCGCGGGGGGAAUAUAUGCAGCAAGAAAGUCAGAUAUCGAAGAAAGGUGUUAAACGUCUCUCUGACGAGUUUCUUGAAAAUCUUCCAGACGUCCCGUCAUCAAGAGCGAAGAAGAGGAAAUUGUCGAAGUUUGAAGAUCAAGUAUUGCCAUCGCGUUCCAUGUUUGACGCAAAAAUUAACGAUAGUAUAACUGUAGAUGCGGAAGAUUUCAUUCCAUUAAGUUCCUUCGGAGGUACCACUAAGUUCAAUGUCAUCAAUAUUCAGAAACUGAAGAAAAAGAAAAAGCUGCCAGAAAUAGUUUCGUUCAGGCAAAAAAUGCUUGCUAGAAAUUCUCGACAGCCAGUCUCGGCUUAUUUGGUGUAUCUGCAGAAGCAAAAGGCGUCGAGUAAAAAAUAAGUUUUGUAACAAUUCCAUACUAAGCAUUUAAUUUAUCUUCUAUGUAACGUUGAUCUGCAAGCAUCGUAGAGUAUCAUUUCGAGUGUAAGACUCGGGUGUAACGGUAAUAAUUGCUAUCCUCUUUUUUAUAUUUUAUAGAGAUUAGACGGUAUUACGUAUUGGUUAUUGU